GGGUCUCUUCCUCGCGGUAGUUCUGAACUGCUGAUACAGCAUUCCUCCUCCUCAAACCCUAAUUUGUGCCACCCAAAGUCCUCAGUCCUCAUCGCCACCAUCUCGCCUUCACUGCUCUAAUUUAUGGCCGAAACCAAGAGCCCGGACGAACCAACAUUCCCUACGAAGCGUAAGCCUGAUAUAAACGGCGAAGAUUCUCACGGUCAUCAGAACAAAGCUCAAAAGCUCGAAACUCUAGAGGAUAAGUCAUUGGCCCCAUCAAAUGAACCGAAACACCACGAGGCCUCUUUAAUUUCGAAUCACAAUGUUGAUGUUCUUAGUUGUAAUUGUUCUUCUGCCACCGACGAGAAAGUCGAAAAAGUUCAGUCCGAUGUCGUCGCAGAGGAUGGGGGCGACGAAGGCGGUAAUCCUGAUCACGGUGGUGCUGAGGAUGAUGGGGACGAAGAUGAAGACGGCGGCGGCGAAGAAUCGAAUGGAGAAGUUGUGGACCGAAAGGGAAAAGGCAUUAUGAGAGCUGACAAGGGGAAAGGGAAAUUGAUAGAAGAAGAUGACGAGGACGACGAAGACAGCGAUGACGACGACGAUUCCAGUGACGAUGGGGUUGUUUCCGAUGGUGACAGUGACCUGUCGGAUGACCCACUUGCAGAGGUGGACUUGAAUAACAUCCUUCCUUCAAGGACUCGGAGGCGGACAAUUCAUCCCGGAGAAUACAUUGCUAAUGAUCCGGGGAAUGAUGACGAUGAUGAGAGUGAUGAUAGCGAUAUAUAAGCCCGGAAGGUUAGUAGGAAUUUUUAGAAUUAGUUAUUGGGAUAGCUGUGUUGUAGAUCGUGAGAACUUUCUGUUCUGGAAACAAUGCGGUGAUGUAAUUUUCAUUUUGAUAUUUCAACUCUAAUUAAGGAACUCCUCCACUUGCUGUUCCGCACCAUGGCAGUUCGCUCAUUCUAUCGGUUUAUACGUGCUUGAAAGUCACCGACAGUUUCGCACCGUAUAACUUUACUGAUACGAUGGCUUGAGGUUAUUGACUAUUCGCUUUAAUGUUUCCCAAUUGUCAAAAAACUGCUACUUGACAUCGUGGCAAUUGAGUUCUUGGUGAGGCAUUUCAGUGUAGGUUGAAGUAUAUUGGACUAAUCACCAAACAUUGCUGUCAUUGCAUGCAUAACAUAACAAGGACUGAACUGUCCCGAGUGAUUAAAUACUUGGAAAUUGGGAUGAAAUGAGAACCUUUUCAGGCGAAGGAAAGAAGUCAGUAAUUCUUGGUGUUUUAGAGAUUGUUGUGGACUGUGAAUAUUGCCAUUCAUGUCUCUUCUCUGAAGAAAAAUCCAUCACUAGUGACUCAAUUUCCAUUCUCUCGCCUUGUUUGUUUCUUUGAGCCGGCGGAAUUGUUGUCCCCCUUCAUUCGCCAUUUUCUUGUAUGUUUCUGUGAGCCUAACAGAAUUGUCUGCCAUCUUUAGUCCACCUUGGCUUUCUGCAA